AUGGACUGUAGUUCUCAAAAGGAGUACUUGGAAAGGAGAGCCUCUUUGUUCCCAGGUGUUGUAGUGGACCUGCUGAAAGAACCAGAAGGUGGACUGUAUGAAGACAGAAGUGGCUAUAGUGGAUGUUUCUUUCUUCAAAACAUAGAGCUCACAUCUAAUAAAGUAACAAUAUUUAUCAGAAACAUUUAUGCCAUUGAGGAAUCCAGAGAAAUGCAGGAAAUGCAGUAUGAACACAUAACAUUGUGCCUGACCGAUCUGAUAGCCUUAUACAGCGAGAUGAUUAGCUCGAUGGAUGAGAGGAGAGGAUUGGAUAUUGUUUAUCUUGACUUUAUCAAGGCUUCUGACACUGUCUCAUAUAACAUCCUCAUUGACAAACCCAUAAAGUAUAGCCUGGAUACAUGGGCAGUGAGCCAGUUUGAAAACUGGCUGAACUGCCGGACUCAAAAGGUUGUCAUCAGUGGCACAAAGUGUAGCUGGAGGCCAGUCACUAGUGGUGUACACCAGUGGUCAAUACUGGGGCCGGUACUGUCUAAUAUCUUCAUUAAUGAUCUGGAUGAUGUGGCAGAGUAUACCCUCAGCAAGUUAGCGGAUGAUACAAACGUGGGAACAGUGGCUGAUGCACCAGAGGGUUCCUCUGCCAUCCAGAGGGACCUCGACAGGCAGGAGAAGUGGGUGGACAGUGACUUCAUGAAGUUCAACAAAGGGAAAUGCAAAUCCCUGUACCUGGGCAGGAAUAACCCCAUACGUCACUACACAAUGGAGGCCAUCUGGCUGGAAAGCAGCUUUGCAGAAAAGGACCUGAAGGUCCUGGUGGACACCAAGUUAAAUAUGAGCCAGUAAUGUGCCCUCGCAACAAAGGCAGCCAACAGUGUCUUGGGCUGACUUUGGAAGAUUUUUGUCAACAGGCUGGGGGAGGUCAUCCUUCCCUUCUACUCAGCCCUAAUUCAAACCAAGAAGAAAGCAGAGCUGGGCUGUUGGGCUAAAGUACAGCAGAGCUCGUUGCAGAGCCCUGCAAAUGUGGGUGAAGAGCUGGUUUGCAUUUGGGAGCUGCUGUCAGAGUUACUGACAACCAUGUAUCACUGCCCGGUGCCUAAAAUUUUCUAUGUCCAGUUAACUGUUGGCAACAGUGAGUUUUUUGGUGAAGGAAAGACUCGUCAAGCUGCUAGACAUAAUGCUGCAAUGAAGGCCCUUCAGGCUCUCCAGAAUGAGCCUAUUCCUGAAAAAUUACCUCAGAAUGGAGAAACAGGUAAAGAAUCAGAAGAAGAUAAAGACGCAAACAAGUCUGAGAUCAGUGUAGUGUUUGAAAUCGCUUUGAAGCGCAAUAUACCUGUCAGUUUUGAGGUGAUUAAAGAAAGUGGACCUCCUCACAUGAAGAGCUUUGUUACACGAGUUACAGUAGGAGAAUUCACUGCAGAAGGAGAAGGCAACAGUAAGAAACUCUCAAAGAAACGUGCUGCAAUGGCUGUCCUACAAGAACUUAAGAAACUUCCUCCUCUUCCUGUGAUUGAAAAGCCAAAACUUUACUUUAAAAAACGUCCAAAAACAAUAUUGAAGCUCUCAAAUACAGAUAGAAAAUUGACUGGAGACCAGCCUGUGGCGGACUUGCAAACUGUGAACCAUCCCUCCGUUAAAACAUGCCCUGUCUCAGAGGAUAAUAUGAUAUUACCUGAUAAUAUGUAUUACUUG